CGUCAAAUCACACCAUUCCAAUGGUUCCAAAACAACGAAAAAUCCUUCAUUUUACCUCAACAAUACUCCUCAACUUUACCUUACUCAUCUUAGUUUCAUCAAAUCCCGAUACUACUUCACACCAUACUGAAUUCAUUUACAAGAAAUGUCGAAACCAAACUCACCUUCCCCAAAAAUUAGCGUCAUCCCUAAUCCAAGAACUUGUUGAAAAAUCGUCAAACUCCAAGUUUUACCAAACAACCACCGGUGACGACACAUUUGCAAUCUUCGGUGCUUUCGAAUGUCGACACGACCUCACAAACACUGAUUGCCAUGAUUGCGUAGUGAACACUCUCCCAAGAUUAUCAUGUGGGUCAGAUUUUCUCACUCGGGUUCAACUCAAAGGUUGCUAUAUAAGCUUAGAGCCCGAGCCAAACAUUCCUGAUCCUGAAAGUGGCAGGAUUGAUAAUAGGGUUUUGAUCGGUUUUCAAAAAGAUGACUUGCAACACAAGAAAUGCGGCGAGAGGAGAGUAGGGUUAGAGGGCUUGGAGGAAGUUAGGGACGCAGCUUUUGAGGCGAUUGCGAGGUGUAUAAUAAGUAGUGGAGAUAGGCACUGUGAAAUGAGCCAUGAGUGGAUGCAUGUGGUGGCCCAGUGUGACAUGAGUUUGGAAGGGUGUCAGUGUGGGAAAUGUAUUAGUAAUGCGUUUCAAGUAGCUCAAGAUGAAUGUUGGGGAUCUGAUUCCGGGGAGGUUUAUCUCACGAAUUGCUUUAUUAGUUUUAGCGAUGAUCAACCUACCACCAAUGGCGGAGGGAAUUAUUCUCAAGGAAGCAGUAUAGGAGGUAGUUCAGCGAAGGUGGUUGCAAUGGUGGUGGGUAUAGGUGUCGCUUUAGCUCUAUUAUUUGCCCUUUGCUAUUGCAUUAGAUCUUCGAAAAGAAAACAUGGCGACGAUUGGUGAGAAGAUAGAUACCGGAUAUUCAUUAAAAAAAUUGCAUGAUUGUAUAUUAUUUAGUGGAUUUGAACGUAAUUAUUUUGUAUGAUUUUGUAUAAGAUGUUAUAAAACACCAAUUAUAUAAUUGUUU